AAAACAGGUUCAGAGUUAAACCUUCAGUGCUUUAAUCCACAGGAAAAUGACUUAUUUUAAAAAGCAGUGAAAACGCUGCAUUCCUUUGGCACAGGAUGAAGACCAGCUCAGCUCUUCAGCGCUGGUCAUUGUCUAUUGUUCUCUAAACAGUAAACCACUAUUUCACCCCGAGACCGUCCUGCAGUGAUAGCCCAGGUCCCCGGCUCCUCCUCAUGAAUAUGAAGUGAAGGGCUCUGACCCAGAAAGUGGUUCUAAGCAGGGCAAAAUGGGGUUUCGGAGGUGUGGAGGCUGCCUAAGUUGUCUGCUGAUUCCGCUCGCACUCUGGAGUAUGAUUGUGAACAUAUUACUGUAUUUCCCAAAUGGGCAAACUUCCUACGCUGCCAGCAAUAAACUCACCAACUACGUGUGGUAUUUUGAAGGAAUCUGUUUCUCGGGUGUCCUGAUGCUCAUCGUAGCAGCCGUUCUUCUUCUGCUGGAGAAUGAUAACAACUACAAAUGCUGCCAGAGUGAAAACUGCAGCAAAAAGUACAAGACACUGCUGUCGAUCAUCUUUUCCGCCCUUGGAAUUGCUUUUUCUGGAUACUGCCUGGUCAUAUCUGCUUUGGGUCUUGUCCAGGGACCAUACUGCCACACCCGCAAUGGCUGGGAAUACGCCUUUGAAGGCACUGCAGGACGUUUCCUCACAGAUUCCAGCAUGUGGAAUCAGUGCCUGGAGCCUGCCCAUGUGGUGGAGUGGAACAUCAUUUUGUUCUCCAUUCUCGUGUCCCUCAGCGGGCUUCAAGUGAUCAUCUGCCUCAUCAGGGUCGCCAUCCAGUUAUCCAGGAUACUGUGCGGAAGCUACUCACUCAUCAUCCAGCCUGGAAUCAUUUGAAAAAGGACAAAGAUAUUUUUAAGUAUCAAGAUGUGGCCAUCUACCUUGUCUUAUGUCAAUUACACAGGCUUAAGGGCAAUAUUCAAAUGAUGAUAUUUUCUCCAUUUGGAUUAUUGGGCCCAUUUUUGAGAUUUGUAGUCCUCACUGGAAGUACAGAUUAUGCAUCCUCCUAUUUAGAAUUUUUUUCCUGAGCAAUAUGUAUCAGGAACUUCAGAAAUGCUUAUGUCCUUAAGCAAACAAAUUCAUUUCCAAGAACAUGUGCUAUGGAAAUAAAUAAGAAUAUGAGAUAAAACUUUAUGCAAAUAUGUUCAUUGCAACAUUGUUUAAUAUUCUGGAAAAUUAUAAAUACCCCAAAAGCCCAGCUUUAGAGGAAGGAUUAAAUAAAGAGUGGUAUACACUGAAAGUGCUUUCUGUUGUUAAAAAAAAAAAAUGAAAUAAAAAAUAAAGAGUGGCACAUUGGUUAUAAAAUUAUAUAGACAUUGGAAAUGAUGUUUUAAGGAUUAUGAGUAUUGCUCAUAAGCAGGUUACAAAUUUAUGUUUACAGUGUAAGUAAAGCUAUUUAAAAUCAACAAAAGACCAAAUAAUCAAAGUUUAGGAUAAAAAUAACAUCCAGAGGGAGAUAUACCAGAAUGUCAACUGUGGUUGACUUGGCUCAUAGAUGACCCUUCUUCCUACCUUUGUAUACUUUCCAAGUUUUCUUUAUUGAAUAUGUUUUACUAUCACAAUUUUUAAAAACUCAUAUUUUUACUAUUAAAAUUUUUCUAUUCUUCCAGACUUUACAGGCAUAGGCUCUUUCCACGUUUCCCAACAUUAAAUAUUUGUGAACAUUAUGGAAUAACAUUUCAAUCAAUAUUCAAUGUGGAAAGUACUGAUAUAGAUAAGCUAACCCCUUGGUCUUACUUUCUCACUCCCAGUGGUGAGUGUGGUGGACUAAAAGAGGUAGCCUUAAAAUAAAUGAGAAGCUUGGAAACACAGUUCGUGGAGUAGAGGAAAUGGCCAUUGGUCGAUUCACACCUGUUGUAUAGGUGUCAUGAAGAGUUGGCCUGCACCUAUAUUUAUAAAAUGUUACAAUGUAGAACUUUUACAAAAUUUCCACCCAAAGAUAUCAUGACCUCCUUGAGGACAACAGCCAUGGCGUGUAUGUCCCCCUCAUCCCUAGUGCCUGCCACACGGUGGACCCCAAAGGCACUCAGUGUUGCACACUCAUGCCAGACCCUUUGCUCUCUGUGGCUGCUGUGCCGAGUACUGUCUCCAUCAGGGUUCACGGGGCCUCAACCCUUCUGCCUCUUCCUCAUUGCUCUCCUCCAUAGACACAGCCAACUAUGCUUUGUCAACAUUUGCUCUAUGUCAAAGCCAGACAACAGAUUUAGGGACAUGGGGGAGAAUGCCUCUCUCCCUGUUCACUGCUGUGCCAACAACCAUCUUUAAUGGAAGCUGCCCUGUCCACAGUUUUUGCCGAGGGAGCAUCUUGAAAACAAACUAUGUUGUAUAGCACAUGACUCCUAAUCUCCUGCUGAUUAAACUGGGACAUGUCCCAGGACCUUGGAUGCCUAUCAUCUUGCCAGUGGCCUCCAACUUAGCCUGGAGUAAAACAUUGUGCAAAUAAGAUUGGUAGUUAUUCUCAUUUGAGGAUUUGAAGUAGGAAGCCCAAACUGAAGCAACCCAGCAUUACUGUCAGAAAGAUGACUAAAGGAUGAGGAAGGGAACCAGCAUAGAGAGAGUCUCUGGUUCAUGUUAAUGAUGAUGUUGAUUUAAAAGAAGAACUGAGUCUUCUCCUCACGGGGUUCCUAAAACUACUUUUUUCAUAAUGAACAGUGCAAGUGUACGUGAGGCCUGGCUUCUGUUCUUGGGUUCCUGAGCAGUCUUUCUUCCUUAUCCUUAUUUCUGUGUAGAUCAUUUCAGUAAACCCCACCACCGGGUCAGUGCAGCUCUGUUCAUUGCAACCAAAAUGACCCAACCAAAGUCGCUCCUUUUUAUGUGUUGUGUUGGAGAGAAACUGUUCUAAGACAGUUUCUUUUAAAACUCUCAUUCAUGACAAUCCGUUUUCCAAAGAGCUUAAACAUGAGGUCUGUAGGGCCUGGGCCUGGAGAUAAACCCAAGCUACAAACACCAUGGUAUUCUCUGAGUGCCGCCAUCCACAGCGUGGAUUUCUUACCCUUUCAAGCCCAUAGUUCAUCAUGGGUCCAGCACCCUCUUUUAUUAAGUUCUCCCAGAGAUUCCUUAGCCCUCUUGUGAUCACACUUCUUGCAGGUCAACCCCACCAGUUUGUCAGACAUAUUCAGGCUGUCCAAAUGCUUGUUUACUUCAAUAUGGUACCAUGCACUGUGUCGACUCUGAGCAAGUGUCAGCUGAAUGACUCCACCACGUCAUUGGAAACAUAGUCCAACAGCAGGGUUACAGCUGAACUCAGGAUGAUAUCUCUGUCAGCAGAAUUAAAUUUUAACACGGCCACAAGAAUUUCUAUAUUUGAAAAGUAAUAUGCUAAUGUUGUGAUUUUAGGCAAAGAAGCUGAAUAUGUGCCCAGGUUGAGCCUAAACUUUUAAGUAACCUUAUCAUUACACAAAGACAUGUACAAACCUUCAGAUACAGAGACAAAAGAAACAUAUUUAACUGUUAACAAUUAUCCCCUGAUCAUGGAAUUAUAAGUUACAUUUCUUUUCUUUACAUUAUUCAAUAUUUUCAAAAUUUCCUUUGAAAAUAUGUUAUGUACUUGAAUUUUUUAAAAAAAUAAAUGUGA